CUCGCCGUCCGCCCGAAUGAGUUCUCACGGCGCUUUUGCAGGUCAUUUGGGCUCAGCGCGUGUGGCUGUGGUGUCAUCCCCCCCCCCAGACCCGCCGGAGAUCCGCCGCCACCAUGGGGGAGUGGUCCUUCCUGUCGGAGAUGUUGGACAAGGUGGAAUCGCACUCGACGAUCUUUGGCAAGGUCUGGAUGAGCGUUCUUUUCGUCUUCAGGAUCUUCAUCCUGGCGGCCGGCGUGGACCGAAUAUGGGGAGACGAACAAGCAAACAUGGACUGCAACACCAAAAGCCCCGGCUGCAAGAACGCUUGCUACGACGCCUCCUUCCCCAUAUCUCACACGCGCUUCUGGGUGCUCCAGAUCCUCACCGUCUCCACGCCCACGUUCAUCUAUUUGGGUCACGUCCUGCUCGUCAUCCGCAGAGAGAAUAAGCUUCGGCGACACCACCCGGAGCAAAAACGGCACCUGAUCAAGACGCCCAAAUAUUCCGACGAACACGGCAAGGUGAAGCUCAAAGGCUUCCUUUUGUUCAGCUACCUGAUGCAGCUCCUGUUGAAGAUCUUGCUGGAAGCGGCCUUCGUCGCCGGCCAGUACUUCAUCUACGGCUCCAUUCUCAUGCCGGAAAAGAUUACGUUCCGAGGCGGAAGCUGCAUGACCCACACCGACUGCUUCAUCAGCCGUCCCACCGAGAAAAACGUCUUCAUCGUCUUUAUGUUGGCCAUGGCGGUCUUUUCGGUCAUGCUCAACAUUACUGAAAUAUUCCAUCUGAUGAUCUUAAAGUUGAGGCAUCGCAAAAGGAGGGGCGCCGGCUCGUUUCUUGCCGAGUGAAUGGGCCACUCGGACAAGAAAGCUGGGCACGCGUUUUCACCUGCGAACUUCCGGAAAUACCUUCCAUGUAGACCAGGGGGUGUCCAAACCUUCUCGUUUGAGGGCUGCCGACAAGAAAACGCAAAGGCCCACUUGAAAAUUCGUCCACUUUUUAAAAACCUCAUAAAUUGUUUGAAACGUCUCGGGUGGCCGACAGCCCCCGAUCUCGCAAGUUAGAUCUGGUUCUUUGACCUUCUCUACGUAUGCAAAUGAACUGCAAAUAAACUAAACUACAAUAUAAAUGGCACGUUGUAUUUUUCUAUGACCAAGUGAAGACCUUUUUGCAAUCAUUGUCAAAAAUAUGUUGAGGGGAACUGA